CAAGACUUAUUGGCUGUGAUAUCUUGUUUUGUCGUUUCAAUUCUUGUUACGAUGAUUAAGGUGACUAUUUUUUUAAAUUUACAUAUCUUGUUUUCUUUUUUAACCAUCUUGCUUAUUUACCCCCUCUCACUAAAUAUGAAGACAGCGGAAUAUGUAAUUGAUAAUAUUGACUUACUGUGGUCUAUCCCUCGGGUUUGCAUUGACAGGAGCAUGGGAAGUCAGUCAGCCCCCCUGCGGGGUAGGUCGGCCCUAGUGACCGGGUCUACCAGCGGUAUUGGGCUGGGGAUAGCUCGGGCUCUGGCUGCCAGCGGAUGUGACAUCAUCUACACCGGCUUUGCAGACGACAAGGUCUUAGCUGAACUUCAAGCAGACUUCCGAAAGUACGCCGGUAUAACAGCCAGGUACUUCCCAGCGGACCUGACAAAGCCUACAGAUGUAGAAAGACUGUGUACGAUGGCAAGAGAACACUGUGCGGAUGGGGUGGAUAUUGUAGUCAACAAUGCAGGAUUUCAGCACACGUCACCAAUCGAGUCGUUUCCCUUGGCAACGUGGGACGCCAUGAUGGCCGCCAUGUUGACUGCUCCGUUUCUCAUAAUUAAGCACCUCCUUCCAGCCAUGAAAGCGAAAGGAUGGGGAAGGAUCAUUAAUAUUUCUUCGGUACACGGGCUGGUAGCGUCCGUGGAGAAAUGUGCGUACGUGUCAGCGAAACAUGGUGUCAAUGGACUGACAAAGGUCGUUGCCUUAGAAACGGCAGGAAGUGGGGUCACGUGUAACUCCGUGUGUCCCGGAGCGGUGCUAACACCACUUGCUGAAAAGCAGAUCCGACAACUAAUGAAAGACCACAACGUAGAUUGGAACGACGCUCAGGCCAUGCUUCUGUCAAUACAGCCUUCAAAUGACUUCGUUAGUACUAAACAGGUAACUAUAAAAAAAAAGAGUAAUAAAAUCUAUAAACUUGUAGCAAUAUUCAACAACAUACGCUACUUUCGUAUGCUUUCGGUGCUGUUAAGAGUGCAAAACUCGUAUGCUUUCGGUGCUGUUAAGAGUGCAAAACUCGUAUGCUUUCGGUGCUGUUAAGAGUGCAAAACUCGUAUGCUUUCGGUGCUGUUAAGAUUGAUAAACUCGUAUGCUUUUGGUGCUGUU